AUGUCCAGAGGGAAUUUCCUGGCCCUACGGCUACUCCUCAUGUGGCAACAUUCGUGGUUGCUAGACCAGGCAGCUCCACUUCCGGAAUGGGCCCGUGGUCCAAACUUCCUGCCUUCCUACUACCCAGAGCCAAGAGAGUCCUGGUUUCCCAACUCCUUAUAUCCCCUACCCUCCCUCACGCUUAAGCUUGCAGCAGAGCCCCAGCCAGACCCACCGCCAGACCCACCGCCAGACCCACCACCAGACCCACCGUCUCAGCGAAGGGCCUUUAGUUACCCGAGGGUCUCUGCUACCGCCCAGGAGUUGACCCAGCCUCCUGGAUUAACUGACACUUCGUUUCCACUUGAGAACAGGAGUGUCCGACGACGACGACGGCAAGAUCAGUUUGCUGUUCCACAUCAGGAUCUGAAUGAGAAGACAAAAAAGUCUCUCCAAGUUGUGUAUCCAAGGUCUGUUCGGAAUCAGAAUUGGGCCCAGACUCUGCCUUCUCAACGAAAAAGUAAGACUCAUGCUGAAGGUCUUGAUCAGCCUGCCAGUCACCAGGCAUUUGAAAUGCUUGUUCCACCUCUAGAUAGUCAGAAAUCGAGACCAGCAAAGUUUAUUUUGUCACCUUCAAACCUGAAGAAAGACCUAGUUGAGCAUCGGAGGCUAGCCAAAAUUAUUUUUGGAAGUCUAGGCCGUGCUGCAAAAGGGCGCCAUCAUCUACCACAACAGGUGCAGGAUGACUAUUUCGACCCCAGUGUAGGUUCCUUUUAUCCUCAUAGUCUAGCUGCAGAUGUCCAGGGAGGCCCAGGUCAACAUCCAGAGCCCCCUGAGGAAGAAACUUCUGCUCGGCGUGGACAGACCCCUGAAGACGUUGAGUCUUUUUCAUCCCAGAAUCAUCAUCCGGAGCCCCCUGAAUAUACAGAGUCACUUCCAUUUCAGCAGGAGGCUCCUUCUCACUUCCCAGAGGCCCCCAAGGUACCUGAAAAUUCUGCAAACACACAGCAGGCCCCAGCUACACCACCAGAGACUCCUGAGGAAUUAGACCAUUCCUCGACUUAUCAAGAGGCCUUGCCUCAGUCUACAGAGGUUCUUGAGGAAGUAGAAGCUUCUGUCAUUCCUCCAGAGGCUUCAGAGCCAUCCAUGGAUGCUAUAGGUCACCCACCAGCACAUCAUAAGGCUUCUCAUUCUAACUUGCGUACUGCCACUGUUAAACCUAUGACUCCAAAGGUCAUCAAUAAGGUUAGAACUUCUCCAUUGCAGCAGGAAGCCCAGGCUCAGCCUACAGAGAUUGUUGAAGAAGUGGGACCUUCUCCAGUUCCUCAGGAGGCUCCAGCUCAACUUCCAGAAUCAUCCACAGAUGCUAUAGCUCACCCACCAGAAAAUCGUGAGAAAAGUGGUCCAUCUCCAAAUCAAAACGAAGGUCUGCAUUCAAACAUACCUAGUGUCACUGUUAGACCUUUGACUUUGCUGAUCAGCAUAACUCCAGUGAUUGUUAAUGAUAUUGAAACCUCUCCAUUGCAGCAGGAGUCCCAGGCUCAGCCUCUAGAACACCCAGAGGAGGCUGAAACUCUAGUUGAGGAGGCAGCCCAGGCUCAGCUUCUAAAGCACCCUGGGGAUGUUGAAGCUUCUUCAACCUAUCAGGAGACCUCUGGUCAGCCUAUAGAGACUCCCGAGGAAGUCCUUGAAAGGGUCCCAGCUCAGCCACCUGCACAUCAAGAGGAAAAUGUUCCAUCUUUAAAUCAGAACGAAGCUCUACAUUCAAAUGUACCUAAUGUAACUGUUAAACCUUUGACUAUGGCAAUCAACACAACUUCUGAGGUCACUAAUGAAGCAGAAGGUUCUCCAUUGCAUCAGAAGGCCCUAGCUGAACCUCCAGAACAACCUGAGGAGGUUGAAGAUCUAGUCCAACAGGAUGCCCAGGCUCUGCCUCCAAUGCAUCCCGAGAGAGUUGAACCUCUAGUCCAAAAGGAGACACAGGUUCAGCUUCCAGAAUUCCUUGAAGGGGUUGAACCUACAGUUCAACCUCCAGUAUUCCCUGAGGAGAUGAAAUCAUCAGUACGUCAAGAGACCCCAGCUCAGCCUUUACAGAUCUUUGAAAAUUUCACACCUCCAGACCAGGAAGAGUAUCUAAAUGAUAUUACAGAGUCUGAGUAUUUAACUCAGAUGUUAGCAAAUGAUGAGAUAUUGUCUCAAAAUGCAGCUCAGCAUCAGCCUAAUCUUUCAAACAAGUCCACUGUUACAGUUAAACCCCCAGUUGUGACAAUUACUAAGAAAACUGACUCUUCUAAAAACAUUGAAUCUUCUGCACUUAAGUACAAGACCUCAUUUCAGUCUCCAAAGCUUCCUGAGAAUAUUGUACCUUUAAGUGAGCAGAAGCAGCCAGCUCAACCUGAGCAACCAGGCCAUUAUGGUGCUCAGAAUUCAGUCUUGCAAAAAUCCACUGUCAAGCCUGAUGCUAUGACAUUGAAUAUGGCAUUAUUCCCUUCUACAGUGGUGAAGGCUUCUCCAACUGAGCAGGAAGCUACAACUCAGCCCCUUAAUAAUAUAGAACCUUCUUCAACUGAGCUGGAGACACAAUCCCAGCAUCCAGGGCCUCCUAAAGUGACGGGACGCUUUUCAACCCAGCAGGAGACCCAAGAUAUGUCUCUUGAACCUCCUGGAGAGUUUGAACCUUCUGACAUCCUGCAAGAACAGCCACCCCAGCUUCUAGAGUAUCAUGAGGCAGCAGUUUCACCUUUAGGCAACCACGAUACUCAGCAUUCAAACUUGCAGAAUGCCACUGUCAAGCCUACUUCUAUAACAUUGAACAUGGCAUUAUCACCCUCUACAGAGAUGGAAUCUUCUUCACCUCAGCAUGAGGUUAUAACUCAGCCUUCAGUGCCCCUUAAUAAUGCAGAACCUUCUAUAAUUCCCCAAGAGGCCCCAGCUCAACAUCCUCAGACCCUUUUACCCAAACAGGAAGCUCCUACUCAGCCUUCAGAGCUCCCUAAUACUACAGGGCAUAAUUUGGCAGCAAUUUCCACUCUAAGUCAGGAUCAGGCCCAGCCUAUGCUAUUUCCAGUUGUCACUGCUAAACCUCCGAGACCGGUAUUUAACAUAACUGCACAUUUCACUAAUGAAGAUGAGGCUUCUCCACUCCAACAAGAAGCUCCCGGUCAGCAGCCAGUACCCUCUGAAAUGGGUGGAAUUUCUGUAGUUCAGCAGGGAGUUCCAACUCAGCCUCAAAUACUUUCUGAGGGAAUUAAGCCUACAAGUUAUCAGGAGAGGUCAGUUAAGUCCCCUGAAAAGGUUGCCUCUUCUUCAGAUCAACAAGAGGCCCCACCUCAGCCUUCAGAGAGCCGAGAAAAGGUGGAAUCAUCUCCAGACCAACAAAUAGCUCCUCCUCAGCCAUUAGAGCCUAAUAAAGAAACAGAACAUUCUCCAAUCCACCAAGGUUUGCCAUCUCUAUCUCCAGAACCCACUUCCCAGAUAGGAUAUUCUCCAAACCAAGAGGUGGCCCAAGCUCAGCCUUCAGAGCUUCAACGUUCAAUCUAUACUAAAAUGGCAGUUCCAUUCCCAGAACAGCAUCAAGGUCAGCAUUCAAAUGUGUCCACUGCUACUGUUAAGCAUUUAGAACUAGUUACAAUAGGUCAAGGACCUCUGAUGGAGAGUGGAUAUUCUGUAGCCCCCCAAAAUAUUAUAGAUUUUCCAAGGGGCUCCAAAGCAACACCUCCAUAUACAGAGAAGGUGCAGGUUCAGUAUCCAAGCCUCUCUGAAGUUACAGAUCAACCUUUGGAUCUCAUGAAAUUUACCCAAACUAAGGAAACUGAACUGUCUUCAUCUUUGAAAGAGACUCCCACUCCAUCUACAGAACCAUCUCCAGAUGUUAUUUUAUCUCAGUCUCCAGUACAUGAGAAAGCAACAGCUCCAAGCCAGUAUCAGUCUCAGAAUCCACCAUCAAGCAGUGCUACCGCUCAAGCUGUGGAUGCAGGGUUUGCCAUGACUCCGGAACACACUACAGAGACUGAACAUUCUACAGUCUUGAAAAGGACCACUCUUCCUCCAGAGUUCCCUAAGGGGACACAUCCACAUCCAGAACAAGUUCAGGCUCAACAUCCAGCCCUUUCUGAAACCAGAGCUGGACUUAUUGAUGUGGGGUUUACCCUGACACCAGAACAUAUUACAGAGCCUGAACAUUCUGCAACCCUGAGAAUGACUACAGUUCCUGCACCAUCCUCUAUCGUGACUCCUCCAGAGCAGAUUCAGGCUCAGCCUCCAACCCUGUCUCAGGUUAGAGUUGGAUUUAUGGAUUUGGGGCUUAGUAUAACUCCAGAAAAUACUGUGGAAGCUGAAAAUUCCACAGGCCUGAAAAUCACAACUCCCCCAACAUAUUCUGAACAGACAUUUCCACAUCUGGAGAAGGUUCAGAACCAGCAUCCAAAUCUGACUGUAGCCACAAGUCAACCACUGGACGUGGGAGCUAAUACAUCUGCAGGAUCUAGUGUGGAGGUUGAACGUUCUCCAGCUAUACAGGAGACCUUAGAACAGCCUCACCAUGAAGGGGCAGCUCUAACUGCAGAUCAGGAUCAGGGUCAGCAUCCAACAUUGCCCAGUGUUACAGCUUCUCCUGUAAACCUGGGAAUUACCAUAGCUCCAGAACUCACUACAGAGACUACAAAGCACCCUGGAGUGACACCUCUAGAGGAGACUGAGAGUCGGCAUGUGGGCAUGACUGAAGGCACAACUCCGAAGCUAGACCUGGCACUUACCCUGACUCAACAACCAGUGUCAUCUGAGAUGCCUCUUUCUCCUACAACAGAAAACACAGAAAAGGCAGAAACCAGGUUAACUGAUCAACAAGAGCAGAACCCCACCACAGGCAACAACAUAUGUGACAUCUGUACCUGCAAAGAUGAGACACUCUCAUGCACUGUGUCUAGCUGGGAGAAGAGACUCCACAGUGUUCCUGUACCAGAGCUCAACUCCUACAACAGGACCUUUACCACCUUAAAUCUCCAAGGAAAUGCUAUUUCUUACAUUGAUGGAGAAACAUGGAAGCCAUUCCGUUGGGUUGAGAGAUUAAUUCUCAGUGAAAAUUAUUUGACUGAACUACAUACAGAUUCAUUUGAAGGCCUGCUAUCCCUCCAGUAUUUAGAUUUGUCCUGCAAUAAAAUACAGUCUAUUGAAAGACGUACAUUUGAAUCACUACCAUUUUUGCAGUUUGUAAAUCUUGGUUGCAAUUUAAUCACAGAACUGAGCUUUGGAACAUUCCAGGCCUGGCAUGGAAUGCAGUUUUUACACAAAGUGGUUCUCAAUCGUAAUCCUCUGGUUACAGUUGAAGAUUCAUAUCUUUUUAAAUUACCAGCACUAAGCUACUUAGACUUGGGAACAACAGAAGUGUCACUUGGAACAGUUGAGAACAUCCUCACUAUGAGUCUUGAACUGGAAAAACUAAUCCUACCAUAUCAUCUGACUUGCUGCCUUUGCCAAGUUAAAAAUAAUAUAGAGGUUGUCUGUAAGACAGUCAAGAUGCAUUGUGACAUUGACUGUAUAACAAACACUACACAUUGUAAUGGAGAAAUACCCACAGUGAAUACGGAAGGGUCAUUUAUGAAGGUAUUGCAAGCUCGGAAGAAGAGCACAAGCACUGAGCUGACUAUUGAACCAGAGAAGGCAUCCACUUACAAAAAUGACGUUGUCAACUUACCAAUCUUUAUAAAUGAGCAGCUGGAUUUCAAUGAUGAAAAUGAUGUUAUCAGCGCACUAAAUUAUAUAUUGCCUUAUUUCUCAGAGGGAAAUCUGGAAGAUGUAGAAUCAAUAUUACUACCAUUCAUUAAACUUCUUUUUUCAAAUACACAACAUGGAGAUAGUCCCCUGGAUCAUUUGAAAGACAGUGCAGUGGACAUUUCUCCUAAGCCUGCACUCAGCAAUUCAAUUUACAAAAAUAAACUUAAGAAACUGUAUUUUCUGGAAAAUCUGUUAGAUGCAGAAAUUCAAGAAAAAAUUAAUGAAAUUAAAAAGAAAGAAAAAACUGCCAUGCUUAUAAAUUCUGAUAACUUAGUUCCCAAAUUUAAACGCCAGAUCAUUCAAAAGGAAUUAGAGACUGCCCAACAAUCAAAAAACAGAAUAGGAAAUGUAAGUGCAAAGAAAAAGCUACGGAGAGAGAAAAUAGCCUUCAAAGGUCCAAAGGGUAUAGAGGAAAGACACUCCAAAGGACUGAGUGAUGAUCAGAGCAGCAAGAGGAAACAGAAUACUCAACCACUUGUUGAAAAUACUGCCCAAGAAACUAGGCUUGGAGAGGCAACCCCUAAAGAGCGUGAACAGUUUCACAAAGAAGGGAAGCCCAGGAAAUUAGUGGAAAAGACCAACACACAACCUUCAUUAACAAAUGAGGAGCAACACAUAAUGGGCAGGCCAUCUGCUUCCCCUGCUCCCAAACCCCUACCUGGGGAUAAAAAUAAAUCAAAAGACUUAAGCUACACUAUUUUUAUUUUAGAAGAUGCAAAAGCUAGAGUGAAAGAUAUGGAAGCUUCUGAAGAAGCUUCACGUGCCAGAAUAAAUCGUGUCUUUCAUGAAAUUCCCUCUCCCCUGCUCGGCAGAACACCCCAAGUCAAAAAGUAUCAGCAGUUCAGAAAGAAAACGAAAUUGAAAAAACUGCUUGAAAAGAGGCUUCCGUCUUCUGCGAUGAGGAGUCUCAUAAAUCCACCUUCUCAAGAGGCAUUUUCAUCCUCAAGAGAACUAGCUGAGGAGAAUCCUCUCGCAGGCUCUUCUACUCUUUUUGACCAUUCUGUGGGAGAUAAAGCUAUAGCAAAAACUACUUCCCCAAAUAUUUUUGAAGCAAAUAGUUCUCCAGGAAGCACGACUAUGCCAGAUGAAACUAUCCCUACAAUCUUUACGACUCCUCGCACUGCAGAUUCUUCUGUGACUGCAGACAACUUCAUACCAGCCAUUGCACAUACCAGCGAAACACAGUGGGAAUACCACAGUGAGGACUCUGACUUCUUACUCCCCAAGCCCUUGGACUCCACUUUCCCACCACUGUCAUCCGCAGGUGAGCAAUUUGAAAUUCAACUAAACCAGCAGCUGCGCUCUCUCAUCCCCAACAAUGACGUAAGGAAGCUCAUUGCUCAUGUUAUCCGGACUUUGAAAAUGGACUGCUCUCAGAGCCAAGUGCAAUUGGCUUGCGCCAAGCUCAUCUCCAGAACAGGCCUCCUGAUGAAGCUUCUUAGUGAGCAGCAGGAAGUCAAGGUGUCCAAGGCAGAUUGGGAUACGGACCAAUGGAAAAAUGAGAACUACAUCAAUGAAAGCACAGAAGCCCAGAGUGAACGGAAAGAGCAGGAAGCAAGUGAGCUUACAAGAGAAGUUCCAGGAUAUGGCUACAACAACAAGCUCAUCUUGGCAAUAUCUGUGACUGUAGUCGUGAUGAUUUUGAUUAUAAUUUUCUGUCUCAUUGAGAUUUAUUCUCAUAAAGCAUCAGGGGAAGAACAGCUGGAGGGCAAAGAAAGAAAAUCAGGGGGCUUUUUAUCAUUCCUGCUUUGUAAGAAAUACUCAUCAGGCAGUGAAAGUCAGGAGGGCUUUUUCUGGAUGAGGAGGCCACUUUGGCUUAGAGAUAUGUAUAGGCCUCUCAAUGCCACACGCAAGAAAAAUAUGGCAGAAAAGUUACACGACAAGGAUUCUUCUGAUGAAGAGGAGAUCUUCAAGAAGGAGCCAGAGUCACUCAGUGAAGUCAUAGUAGAGAAGACUCCAGGUUCAGAGUCCACUGCUGAAGAGAUGGGCCAGGAAAGUGAGGGAGGACAAGAGACAGCCACAGAGUGAACCACACCCUGCACUAGGCCACCUGAAAAUUUUAUUUUCUAAUAGCUUCUCAGGUGUUGCUUGUAAAAUACCUACUUAAUCUUAUAUUAAAAUGUGUAAAUUCAUAAGUCUAGCAAUGUGAUAAGGAAUUGAAACUUGGUUGAAUAUUUAUGUGCCAAGGGCCAUAGCCAAGAAAAGCAGAACCGAAGCUGAAAUCCCUCCUGGUCACCAAUGUUUACCACAAGAGGGAAUGUGGGCAGUGUCAGAAAACUGAGAACUU